CGGCGCAUCUUAAUGACGUGUGUUGUGUUUUCGUGUUGAAGAGCUGUGCUUGUUGAAAAACUGUCUACAGGCCCUUAAAUCAUUGUGUCGUGUGCUCAUUCACAAUGAACAAGAAUAAGGCCAGUGGCGUGGCGUGGGUGAAACCAGCGGAACCGUCCUUUCUAAAAAAGUUUAAAAAUGAUGUUGGUUACAAAGAAGGACCGACUGUCGACACUAAGCGUCAGGUGAUGCCAACACUGGAUGAUGAUAGCGGGAGUGAUCGAGAGGACGAGCUUCCUCAAGUUGUGGUCCUAAAAAGUGGAGACCUGACCUCAGAGGAGGUGAAGAAGAUCAAGGGCGAAAUACUCACUGGAAGUGGCACAGAGAAAGAUGAUGAACCACCAGAUGGUAAAAUCCUGUUCAAGAAACCAGCCAAGCGUUCCUCUUCAGACAAAUUCAAGGGCAUCACUGCCAGCACCAGCAAAAAGAAGAAGAGUGAUGGAGGAGAGGAAGAGGAAGAGAAGAAGAAGCAGAAGGAGGUGAAGUCUGGGAAACAAGUAAAAAAUAGCAGCCUUCUGUCGUUUGGAGGGGAUGAAGAGGAAGAGGAGGACUAAAUGUUACUGGUCAAACGUAAGACUGUCAUUACCCUCCACGACAGAGAAAAAAAAAAAAUCAAAGUGACAAAUUUAACAGUAAUCCUUAAGUUUAUCAUAAUAUUGACAAAUAGCAUCAGGGGUCAAGUUAACAGACACUGUAUUUGAAACAUUCUGGAGUACAUCCACAGUGUGCAGCACGUCCACUCUGGCUUUUUUUUUUUUUUUUUUGUUUUGUUAAAGAAUAAAGCCAGUAUUCUUGGAAACUAUAGCCCACUAACUACAAAUGGUCUUUUCCAUUCAUUUUAGUAAAUUGUGCAAGAUUAACUUAAACUCCAUCACAAUGAACAUCUUGACUCUUCUUUCUUUUUAAGUUCCACUUAUGGUUUUGUUGGAGUACUUUAAGCUUCACAUUCCCCCACAAUGUUAAUAUGAGACGAUCUCUUCCUGUGUGUUUGUGUAGGAAAACACCCACGACCCUGUUGAAGACAGUGCACGCUCUUUUAACAUCAAAGUCAUACAGAGUGAUGGUUCCUUCUCUAGAAAAAACAUCUUUGGCUAAAAGUUAGCACAGACUUUGCAAACAGCAUAUUCACCUUUUUCUGUUGUACCAUCAGCUCUCAGACUCGAUACAUCUUUUGUUAAUUGCAUAGAUUAGAAUAUAAACCACAGCUCUUAUAUUUGAAAAUUGCGCUCUUUGAAAUUGUGAUAUCAGUGAACACUUUCAGCUUUAGUAACAGCAUUGCAUUACUUUUGUACUUUUGUGAAUACACCAACAGUUUUUCAGGAACAUACAAGCGCAAAGCUUCAGUACAGCUUGAUUUUAGGCAAUUUGUGGUUAAUGGGCUAAAAAGUGGAAAAGAGCAAGUGUGAUUCAGUUUUUUUUUUUUUUUUCCUUUAAGAGUCAAAAAACACAGGAGCAAGCUGUGUUUCUGCUUUUUAAAGGUGCUCCUCAAAACUGGUUUGCACUCAGUUCCUCAUGAACUAUGCAACUUAAUCUGAGAAGUUAAAAUCCGGUAACAUCAGGUGUCAAAACAGGGUGAAUAAUUUGUUUAUUUAUUUUAUACACACCCGUUGUCAGUCACCUGGAUGUUUGAAAUUAAUUCAGCAACCCUUUUGUCUAAGCUUCAUUAAAAGGACCUUUCUUUUAAAAGCUGAUGAAAAUUUAAUGUUGAACACUGAACAUUCAUCAGAACUACAGAUUUCUUUCUUCCUGAUUUUGAUAUCUGAACCUUCAUAUUGACGAAUACCAAGUACCAAUCGGAUACCAGAGCAUUAAAAAAUGACAUACUGUUAACUGUCUGUGGAUGUGACGUAAUUGCCAUCAUUGCUACAUGGACUGGCUCAGUUUAAACCCUUUGUAAAACAUGCAUACAGGAGCGCCAUUGAACUCUCCUUUUACUUUAAUGUCUUUUUUUACAUGCAAGUUUCCUUACAUGUGCUUGUAGUGAGACGAGUCUCCAGUAAAAAGUCUGCAUCCAGAUGUACAGGAUGGGAAUUAGCAAGGUCCCGAGGCAGAUUAAUUAGGUGGUAUCUGAUCGGUACUUGGACCUGAUCCAGCAUUUUAGGGUUUAGGUUUUACAGGGGGCAGUUCAGAUACUGGUGUUGGUAUCAGAGCAACCCUAAUCAAAAAUGUGUGUGUGUGUUUGCAUGUAGUGUUUAAGUGCUCAGUGUAGAAUUUUUAAUACAUUCAAUGAUAUAUUGAAUGUAUGAAUAAACUCUAGCUUCGGCAAAGGAGCUGUACCACUUUAAUGUACAAACGAUGCAUUCUUGUCAAUGCAGCUUGGAGUUUAAAAUGUUGAUUUUCUUGUUUGUAUUUUUUUAGACAAUGGUUGUGACUGUAACAUUUGAAAUAUAAAUCAACUGUACCACA